AUGAAAAAAGACAGUCUAAAGGUCUGUCUCAAGAAGUUCAACAUCCAUUUACAUGAUAAUCUCGUUCUCAGUUCGAAUUUGACUUAUAAUUUUGUCAAAAAUGUUCAAACACUGAAUUUCACACAGUUUUAUUUGUAUUUCAAUGGAAAAUUUCCAAUUAUUUCUGAUCAAAUCAUUCAAUUUGUUCAUCAAAACAAAUCUGAAUUUGAUUCUAUCAAUAUCUUCAUGUCUCCACUAGAUAUCAACAUUUCUUUUGAAGAACUACCAAUUGUAUAUAAUUAUUUCAUGAAAAUUAAGUCAAAAUUCCAAAAUUUGGAAAAGAUUUUUUGUAUUUAUUUUAAUUUGACAAAGUUUUCUGUUAAUUUCGGUGUGAAAUCAAAUAAUUCGAUCUAUGAAACAAUAAAACUCAAUUCUGUUCUAUCUCAUAUCAAAGGAACACUUGAAAAUGGUCAAAUUAAAUAUGAUUUCACUUCAUCUCUUAAAAUCAUAGGAUUUUCAUCGAAAUUUUCACAGUUUGUACCAAUAAUUAAUAAUUUAGAUAUCAAUUUCUUAAUUUUUGUGUCAAAAAGUGAAAUUAAUUCUGAAAUUAAAACAAAUUCAGAUCUAAAAUCGAUUUUGACAGUAGAAUUCAUUAAUUUACUAAAUAAUAUAAAGGAUUAUCAUGAUUUGCAAUCAGAUAAGAAGAUUUUCAUUGAAAAUCAAUCAAUUUCAAAAAUAAUUUUAAAUAAUAAUUUGAAUUUGAUAAUUAAUCCAAAUCAGACAAUUAACUACAACGAGAAAACAAUACAGUUUGGUAGUUCUGUUCCUUUAUUGCCUACAAACAUGUUUUUCGACGGAUUUCAAAUUUCAAAAAAUUUAAUUUUACAAAUUGACUCAUCUUUUGAAGGAAACUAUUACAGGAUAUUACCAAAAAUGACGAUACACAACAGUCUUCCUGUCAGUUUUUCAGUUUUUUCUGCAAAUAGAAAUUUAAUUUUUAAUUUGAGUCCGAAUGAAGAAAAAAUACUUGAAACGAACUGUUUCAUCAUUGCAGAGAACUCUUCCAGUGCCAAAGCCAGUGAAAAAAUAAUAAUUAAUGAAAAAAGAAAAAUAUUUUCAAAUUUAAUUUCUCAAAAUGUUCAAAAAUCAAUUGUUAUUGACAUUUCUGAUUCAUCAGUUAAUGUAUUACCACGUCUUGUUGUUGUUAAUGAGAUUGGACAUCCAUUUUUUGUCAAAUUAUCUUCAGCAAAUUUAAUUAUUGAGAAAAAAGUUGAAGAAAGAGAGAAUAUCAUGUUGCCUUAUUACGAACAACUUCCGAUUCAUGCUUCUAUUAACUUUUCUGAUGGUUUUUCGAAUGAAUUCAAAAUUGGUGAAAUUUUUAAAGUGAAAAUUUCAUCGGAAUACAUCAAUAUUGCUUCCAAACUUCGUGUUAAUGAUAAUGGACAAACAGAAAUUGUCUUUUAUCCACAGUUUUCGUUCAUCAACCGCGGAAUUUCGGAAAUUUUUAUUCAUUCGAUUGAAAGAAAUCAAAAUUAA